AUGACAGUUAGAACUAUUUUCGAAGGUGAUAUUUAUCUUAUAACUUGUCAGCGCAUUAAUUGGGAGAAACAAGUUCAGCUAGCAAUUGAAAGAACAGAACAAUUAUUAAUAAACGAUGAUCAGCUGCAAGAAAGAAGUACAAACCAAACAACUGAAGAAGUUCAACAGUCAACGGAUACUAAACCCUCAUCAAUCAAAGGUGAAUGCUUAGAUGAAACGGAGCAAACAAACAUCCGAAAUACCAUUUCAUUUCAUGAAAGUGUGACAGAAGCAGGAACAAGCUUGGCAGAUGGUUUUAACCUCCAAAACAAUGAUUUGAGUCCAAAUACAAAAAAAAAUGCUUUCUACUCAGUUAAGAAAAGUCGUCUUGUCACGUAUUAUAUUCAUUUUAUUUAUGCUUUGUAUACUAAUUUUAGGCAUAAUUAUUCGAGUACUUAAACCAUGGUCAGGUAAAUUUGGUGUAUACUGUACAUUUUUGAAUGGGACAUUCAUCUCUUUAAAAGAUAGUAAUGAUAUUUUCCUUAGAAAUUC